AUGAAGUUUAUCGCCGAACCAAACAAUGAAACCCCAUCCCUCUUCCACUGUAAACAUUCAAGCCGCAUCCCACCACUGGGCAGGCUUGGUUUGUCAACCCAGGAAAUGCAGUCAUCCAAACCCCCACGCCAGAAAUCAUCCAAUUGGCCUCCCCAAUCCUCCCACACCGUCUUGAUCCGCAAUCUCCAACUGCUAGAGCUCGACCAGCUCGAAGACUGGCCCGACGUCACCCUCCGAACAUUUUCGCCCUCUUCACAAAACCAGCGCCAGCGAAUAAAAGCAGUCGAAUGGAUUCUAUACCGCCUGGUUACUCUCUGGAAUCCGGAGACCGCUCGGGAUAAACUUCGGCCGUUUUUCCCUCCCCUCGAACCUCUACAGUCGGUCAACCUGCGAGCUGCCCUGUUCCGUGUACUGUCCGAUUUGAAGAAGAAUGGCGACCUGGGCCGCGAAACUAUAUUACGCAAAUCCAUGCUAGACGAUUGCAAAGGCGAGAAGUUUGACGAGCUUUUGGCCGUGCUCUCCACCAGUGUGGUUCGGAAGAAGAAAGUUCACGAGCGCAACCCUGCCGUCAACCUGUCUCUCGCCUCCGGUCUGUCUCCGCACGAUCAUCAGCUUCUUCUACCCCUGAUCCUUGCUCAUAGAGUCUCGUUAAAGUCGUUUGGAGAACGCCGGGACCGAGUACGGGAUACCCAAGAGAAGUUUGUGCAGCUACUAGACAGAAAGAAAGACGAGUUAUCUUCUCGCUCUACACCCGAUCAUCAUGGCCUUAGCGUACAGGAGGCUGACCUCGAAGCUCUUGCCCGUGAGGUUAAAGCCAAUUGGCAAGGGAGCGUCGAAUGGGCGGAUACUCUGCUUUACGGUGGGCUUAGCAGCGGCCGCGAUGCAUUUCUAGAGCUGCCAUUCGACAGUGCCUGGUCUCGAGCGAAGGAGUCAACGGUCGACGACCUCCGCACAACCGCCUCACGCCCAGACCUGGUGACAGACCUGGAGAGCCGGGUUUUGCGACAGCGAGCACGUUUGCAGAGAUGGCACCAGUAUACGGAAUCCCUCAAGGGCUCGAGGGCAGCAUUACCCUCAAAGCCCGCAGGCAAAACCGCGCCGCAGCUGGUCUUUCGGGGCCACCAGAAUCUCAACAUUGCCAGUAUCUCUAGAGCUGUGAGGCAGCCUGAGGGCCGAAGCGUCCUUUCCGCCAAUGACCAGAACCUCCUACGCUCAAUCUCCGAAGUGAUGAAGCAGAUCAACGGAACAGCAUCGGACGGAGACAUUCCCACUACCUCAAUUCCCGAACCAGAUCUGGAGCCGGAGCUCGAACCUGAACCCGAACUUGAUUUUAUACCUCUACCUGAGCCUACACAAAGGCUUACGAGACCAAUACCAUCUAUCACUCGGCCCGAGAUAUUCGAGCCACCGUCAGAACCACUCGGAAGCCCAUCCGACGAGCUCACGGCAGACGAGUACCCAACAGAACAACCCCUUGAGAGCGAGCCCACAAAGCGCUUCACCCUCACAGAGCGCACGCGCAAAUCCAUGUCCCUUCUCCCACCCCCGCGCGAAAUUCCGCGCUCCAAUCCACGCUCACGGAAAUCCCGUGUCUCGUUCCCCGUCAACCAAUUCGAGACCCCUCCAAGAGCUUCUACGGCUGACUUCCCGAGCCGCGCUUCGACGCCUCGGGACGAGCUCUUCGAGGAAGAGGCUGAUUAUGCAAGUGUGUUCAAGUCCCGGCCGCGUAUUGCGCUGAGCCCUGUUACCUCGCCGGCUGUACAUGUCAGUCCGAUAGGCAAUUUUGACCUAAGCGGAGAUGUUGAUUGGGAGGAAGGGUGA